AUGGGACCACACUUAGGUCGGUUCUAUCCGCACAUUAGCCUAGUGGGGGUUCAAGGUAUGGAGAUGGUUUUAAACACAAAGAACUCCGAGGACAUACUUCGGUUCGCAAGGAAGACGCUUCCGCUGGACUUUAGCAGAGAAUUCGAAUUCAUCGGCCGCGAGAUCAUCAGAAGAGCGAAUGGCGUUUUUCUCUGGGCAUCCCUUGUUUCUCAAAGACUCCGAGAGCUUUUGAUGCCGGCGAUGAAAUUGAAUAACUUCUUGAUAUUCUUAAAUCUAUACCGGAUGAUCUGA